ACCAUCUCUCCGAGGAUCCACUCCUGACACUCUCCAGCCAUCGACUUCGUUCUUCGCCUUUUUGCAGGGCCUCGCGCUCUUUUUCUCUUCACUUCCCAUCCCCCUCCCCCAGAGUCAUGCUGCGGCUCAUCCUCCUGCGGCUCUCGAGGAGACCGUGGAAAUUCCUUUUCCCCGUCCUCCUUUUGUUCUUUUUCGCUCUCCACCUCUCCCGAUCGCGGCAACCUCAGCAGCCAUCCGCCGUAUACUACAAAACCAAGACGAAGAGCUAUUUCCCGCCCCAGAAGCACAAGGGCUCCAACUUCUGCGACAAUUUCCCAACAGAUCAGCUUCAGGAUGUGCAGAUCGUGCUCAAGACUGGUGCCGGUGAUGCAGAGAGGAAUAAAGCCCACCUGGCUACCGUUUCGUCCUGCAUAACGAAUCUCAUCAUCGUCUCCGACCACGAGGAGAAAGUUGGUGACCGACAGAUCAUCGACAUCCUCGCCGAAUUGCCUGCCUCAUACACCAUUAAUAACACCGACUUCCAAUCGUAUGCGGAACACAGAAAGGCAUCGGCCGAAGGCGAGAAAAUCAAAUACUCCGCCGCGGGAUGGAAGUUAGACCGAUUCAAGUUCUUGCCUAUGGUGGACAAAGCCUACGAGGUCAACCCUAAGGCUAAAUGGUAUGUCUUCGUGGAGUCCGACGUAUACUUUUUCUGGGAUACCCUGUUCCGAUUGUUGGACCAGCACGACCACACUGAGCCUCACUACAUGGGAUCGCCCGUGGCCGGCUCCAAUGACCGCUACUUCGCCUAUGGCGGCGCUGGCUUUGUACUGUCAUCCGGGCUCAUGAAACGGCUCCUUCCACCAAAGCCCAGCGGUGGUGUUGAGAAACUCAGUCAUCGCUACGAGCAGUGGGUCAAAGAGGACAGGUGCGGAGAUGCCGUACUUGCAUAUGCCAUUCUCAACUCCACUGGCACCAGGCUUGAGGCCCUCUACCCAACAUUCUCUGGCGAUGAACUCAAACACCUCAAGAUUGACCGAGACAGGUGGUGUGUGCCAUUACUGUCCGUUCACCGCUUGAAUCCCGAACAAAUGGAAUCACUCUGGAACUGGGAGCGUACGCGCCCUUACAAUCCGAAACCCCUCGUAUUUUCGUCUCUCUUAGCCUAUACGCACGGUUUCCUUCGCGAUGGCCCCUCGCGCGAGUUCUGGGACAACCUCUCUGAAGCACCCGUUCCCAACGAUCGACCCGCACACAAGAACGCUGGGUCAUGUGGGUCAGAGUGCGAAAAUGACCCCCACUGUCUCCAAUGGUCCUACUCGCAGACCGUCUGUCGUUUCGCAAAUUACAUCAAGCUCGGAAACGCCGUUGACCGUGAGAACGGCGGACAGGGUGAAUUCACUUGUGGCUGGGCGUUGGGAAAGAUGGCGGAAUUGGGCUUCAAGGUGGACGAGGAGAGCGACAUCAAUGACACGUGCCAGGAGGCGACGUGGUUGACGCCGCAGGUACGGUGAUAAAUAUAUGACAUGGGUCAAAGGACGAUGAUGAAGAACAGCAAUGUGUC